UAGUACUCUUGUACUACAUCUCUUCUCUGAUUUCCAUCCGACUGUAGAUAUGUACUUCUAGCCUCAGAUUUACAUCCUCUUCGUUGUUUUGAGCGCCAUACGCGCCACCUUGUACAAUACUACUCGCACCCAUUACCGUUCCGUCCGUUCCUUCCUCUAAUUGUCCUCCAAGAGACUGCGCUGGUUUCCAGUCUCGCCAGUUUCAGUCUCUUUUCCAAUCUCAAGACUGCCCACAGCCUGCCUGCAUAAUUCAUCUCAUUCGCCUUAUUCAAACGCUACCUCCUCCUUCUCCUCGUCUCCCUCGACCCUGCCUGUCCCUUACAAAUGCCUAGAUUAUCAUAAACCUCUGCAUUGCCAUUGUCCCAUCGAGACGAACAACAUCUAGAAGCGGCACAAUCUUCAUAUCCGUUGAGACGCCAUCCAUUUCAAGACCAGACAUCCUUGGAUGGCUGGCGUGCAAGCAGACAUACGCUCUUUGAUUGCGCCCAUCAAAGGAUCGGGUGUGUAGAUUUCACCAGGCUUGAGGGUCAGUGGGACGAAUAAUGACAUUAGCAGGUCGAACUGCACCGGCCUUCCUUCAAGAUCUGACCCUCUACACGCCAUGGAGUCCCGAUGUCCCGAACCUACUGGCUGAGUCACCUCUCAUCUUCAGCCAGUCUCAGCAUCUCGGCGAAAAUGUACCCCUCGGCAGCUGCAGACACAGAUUCUCGUUGAAGCCCAGACAGUCACGGCUUCCAGAGUUGGACGAGAGGCCUGGGCCAGAGACGGUAUGGACCGUUGCAGCCUUCUGCUCAAGCUGUAGGCUUCACCUACACUUGAAGGUGGACUACACCGUCCGCUUCGAAGACAGACCAUGCCCAACACCAGACCACCCACUUCAUCAUCUGGUCAGAUACGAGCUACAAGAGCCUCUGGAAAAGAAUGCCUGGCGUCAGCAAAUAGGAUCGACCGCGGAGAUAUACACCUAUCGAUGCUCCGCCCUGCGCUGUUCCGUUCUAGUCACUGUGAGGGUCACACCUCCUGUGCUUCGUCCAUAUGAUGUCCAGGUCUUGACCGAUCCCGGUCUUCUACGUCAGCGCACAGAUGAUGCCUUUCGAAAACAAGAAGGCUCCACCGAGGGCAUGAAAUACCCAAACCCCACCGAUGUCCUAUGUGACCUUCGGUCAUAUCUCAAGAAUUCCUGGAGAGCAAAGCAAGACCCCAAGUAUGCCUCGAUCAACGUGUCCAAUAAAAGAUUUAUCGUUCGAUUCGGGCCGGGAGGUGUCGCUUGCAAGGAUGUUCUAGAGCAUUUGGGUUUCAGGUCAGAGGCGGGGGAGACUUGGAAAGUUCCCGAGCCUGAUCCCGACGAGGCCCAACCAUUUCAAGGCUGGAACAAUAUGUUCAUCGACGACGCGGAGCAUGAAAUCAUUUCUCUACUGCUCUCACGCCCGUAUGACGAGAGGCAAAGUCUGCCGGAUUUGCCAGCACCAGUUGCUGCUGAUCGGGAGCUCUCCAGGGUUCUCGGUUGUCAAGACUACGACAAACACCCCUCAAGUCGGACGGCCAAGCAGAUUGCAGAGAUGAGAACGGGGCCUUUUGUUGCUCUUGGCUGCCCUUCCGACCUCUCUGACGAUCUCAUAUCUAAAGCAUACCACUGGCAGGUCCAAACCGAUCCUCAGAACACUCCAACGUAUUUGAGCAAUCUCCGUUAUAUUGCAAACGACAGACAGAGCGACCUGUUGGAAACAGAAGUGGCUUUGCAGAUUUCCCAAGGUCAUUUCGAGAUUGAAUCUUUGAAUCAAGCAUACAAAGCAUUGCAACUGACAGGCAGGGAGGCGCUUGUCACGGAUGAGGAUGUCAUCGGAUGUUUCAACGCCACACUCACAGAUUCUCCUGCACACGAGCAUCAACUUAGAGAGUAUCUUCGCAUGAUUGGAGUCCAUCGAAAUAGCAAAAGAAUUUAUGACACGGCACAAAACGUCAUGGAAACCUACGGGCAAGCCCUAGCAUUCCUCGAUGCCUCCCCCACAACCGACGAUGAGGGUAUUCGUACCAUGUUUACGGUCAAGACAAACGACAACAAAAACGUCGAAGAGCGAGCCAUCAAGGCCUUGAGAAUCAUCGCCAAGGAGCGCCAGAGCCAACUCUUGACUACUUGGAUUGAAUCGGGCUUCACGAUCGAACCCAGCAUGGAGCCUGCCGAAGGCUACCAAGCGCUUCAAAUUGACAAUCGCGAGGUGGACGACGAGAUGAUUCUUAUGCAAUACAAAUUCACCGUCGACGAGAACCCAGCCAGUGCAGAUUUCUAUACCAGGGCCCUAACGGCGAUCGCAACAGCCCGAGGAAGCACUGUCUUAAUGGAUCACUUGCACAGCAAAGCACCCCAGGACCCAGAAGGCGCCUUGGACGAACCCGUGGGUCUUGAGAAUAUUGGAAACACAUGUUACCUGAACAGCUUGCUGCAAGUCUUAUUUACAACUGUUGACCUACGAAACAUAGUACUCAACUUUGAUGAAUAUAAAAUGCCUCUCGAUGAUGUCAGUCUGCGACAGAAGAGAGUUGGCCAGCGCCAAGUCAGUCUGAAGGAAGUGCAAACUGGGCAGAAGUUUGUUGACAGCCUCGCCACACUGUUCAGAGGAAUGAUUCAAACUCCACAGUCCUCAAUCAAGCCAGAGCAGGAACUUGCACGCUUGACCUUAGAGAGUCACAGCGUUAAAGAGAAGCUUCGCCGCAGAUCCACGCUGAAGACAGGAGAACGCCCAAGUCUAAGUGAAACUCACAGUCUGCCCUUCCUCGGACCUCUUUCCUCGGCCGAAUAUGACAAAAGUGAUGUUGGCGACACCAUAUUACUUUCACCUGCAGAAGAAGUCGACAUACGUUCCUUACCACCAAACGACGCGAAUGACCAUGACAAUCAUGAGAAAGAACUCGGCGCAAAAGAUGUCCAUAUGAAUGACAAUUCAAGCGAAGCGACGGUUGUUUCCAAAGAAGAAUCAGAGCCAGUGUUGACAGAAGAUGAUCCCGAAGCCGAAAGACAAGCUAUCACAGACGACAAGGAGAAUCUUGCCCCCAUACCAGAGGGCGACCUUGUCAAGUCUUCUGUUUCUACCCAAAACCAGUCCAACGCGCCCCUUACUCCCGCCUCUCCUUCAAAGCUGAAUUCUCAAGCUGGCACACUCCAAGUAUCCAUUGCGACUGAAAAUGCUACGAAGGAACAACCCAUGCAAUACCUGCCACCCCCAGGCAAGCCGCCCCCAGUGCCCCCUAGAAAGCCAUUGGAAGCUACAACAAUCACCUUGGAGGAGUACGCUAGACAGCAGGAUGUCACAGAAGUUAUUGGUCACGUUCUUAACCAAUUGUCCUCUGCUAUACGACCAACCGGGUUUGACAAGACAGGCGAACAAUUGGACGAAGUACACGACACCUUCUACGGCCAGCUGAUUCUGCAUACCGAAAACGACAAUGGUUCUCCCGGAAAGUCUGAGCAGUAUCGAGACAUUAUCACCCGGGUGUUUCAUCAGCCUGCAGACGUAUACGCCGCCAUUGACAACGAGUUUGACUUGCAGACUGGCGGCAACGCAGUCAAAGGAUACAUCUCACUCAGUUCACUCCCUCCUAUACUCUGUGUCCAGCUCGAUCGCGUGGCGUGGAACAAUCAAACAAAACGCCAGGAGAAAUUGAAUCAUCAUGUAGAAGUUCCAGAAACCAUCUACAUGGACCGAUACCUCGAAAGUGGGCCGGACUCGGAGCUAAUGCAACGUCGUCGACACACCUGGGACCUCAAACGGGAGCUCGCGACCAUCUCGCGCCGCCGAGGUGUACUGGAAGAGAAGCAUGGUCAAUCCAAGGACAUACCCACUCUUCUCGAAGACGCCAAAACCGCACUGGAAUAUCUUGCCGAAGUGCCAGCAGAUACGUUCGGUGGUGAUCUUGACGUUGACCCCAAUACUAUUGCCACUCUAGGCGCCCUAGCCGACAGUACCAGAACUGAACUCGAAGAUCUUCGGGUCCGGGCCACGGACAUCUCGCAGCAGAUCAAAGAGGCAUUCGUGGACAUGCGCAAACACCCGUAUCGCCUGCACGCUGCCUUUUUCCAUCGUGGUAGUGCAGGUGGAGGACAUUACUGGGUAUACAUCUACGACCACCAAAAGGAGAUUUGGAGGAAGUACAACGACGACCAUGUCACCGUCGUUCAGAACCGAAAUGAGAUCUUUGGGAAGCCACCACAAGACAGCUACAACGUCCCACCAAAUCCGUACUUGUUGGUUUACGUACGUUCGGACCGCGUAGGAGAAGUGGUGGAGACGGUAAAACGAGACAUCGUAUAUCCUCCACCAGAUGCACCACCCCCUGUUCCCGCGCGGACUCAAAUGGCGGAAAUGCCACCAGUGAUGGCCCAGGAGGAUGUGAAAAUGACGGGACACAUGGACGUCAAAGGCGGUGAGCAGAUCCCACAGGCAGAGCCUGAUCCAGCAGAAUUCACUAUCGGACAACCUCAGCAGCCGGUUGCCAGCGGUUGGAACAAAGAAGAACUGACUGUGCCCAGGCGGGUUCAAUGGUGAGGCCGAUGCUAUGUCACGCCUGCAACCUCUUAUUUGAUCAUUCACCGCGCCGAUUGGUGAUCUCAACCUAGCUAGUCUUGCUGUCUUACAAUUCAUUCCAUCAAGUUGAGGGCGACCUUACAGUCGUAUAGCCAUAUGCUUGUGUGGCUCUUGUUACACAUGCCAACUUGUGAGCAGCUGAUGGAACACAUCAGGAGGAAUUUUCUAUGAAUACCAGUCUUAGUCCAUCAGCCAAAGGCAAGACGUUGGGAGGGUUUGCGUCUGUGUCACUGCUUGAGCACCUAGAGCAGACAGAUGACUUGAGACGUCGUACAAUCCAGUGAAUAAUUUGAAACCCAAUGUAAGCGAUCUCAAGCAGGUCGCAAGUUUAAUUAAUGUUGUCAUUG